AUGCCUGGUUAUGGCUAUAAAUCAAAAGAUGAAUGGGGUCAAUUGAUUCUUGAUUAUCUCAAGACACGUCAACAACUCAAGCGAUUGUUUGUCUUGGUGGAUCCUACAGCAGGUCUGAAAGAGACAGAUAAACAGUUGAUGAGCAUGUUGGAUGAACAAGCUUUGUCUUACCAAGUCAUCUUGACCAAACGAGAUAGAGUUUCUCGACAAGCAUUUGCUGAUUCAAGA